GUCGGACUUAUUUUGAAGUCGUAUUGCCGACGACCACAUGAGCAUGCGGUCGUACAGUGACCGAUGCAUACAGAGUGACUGUAAUCUGUGUUAAUUUAAUGAAGUAUCUCAUUUGUUGUAAGAUUUGAUAAUCGUGAAUAAACAUGUAUUUACUAGGCAGCCGAAUGUUUGUUAAAUGUUCAAGAUGCCAUAUGGCUUUAUGUUUAAAAGAAGCGCAGCGGUGUCAGAGCUCUGCGGCACCUCUGGAACAGGCCGACUUCUUGAAAGGUGCUCCUCAUAGAAAGCACCCAGGUGUGACAAACCUCAAAACAGUGCGCCUGCCGGAGCAACUGCAGGUAGCAGCACAGUCUGUCUUAAAAAGGGCAGAGGUAAAAAGUCUGACUGAAAGGGCACAUAAGCUGUCCAACUUCCUUUGGAGCAGGAAACGGGCGACAGAAACCUCUCAACUCAGGGAGAAAGCCAUCCUUCUUGAGAAGAAACUUUUGGAGCAGGACAGGGAUAUCCAUACAGAUGCCAUUGACCACAAACUAGAGGCUCAGAUAAGAAAGAGAGUAUUAUCUGAACUGAGAAGAACAACAUACAACAGGACUCCCCUAAGGUACGAUGAAGAUCUUGGGUUGGUGUAUAUGGCUGCCAGGCUAGCAGGCGGUUAUGCAGCUGUCCUGAGAGCAUUAAAUGAGAUAAAGAAGAGAGAUCCUUUGUUUGUACCAUAUUCUCUCCUGGACUUUGGAUCGGGACUUGGAACAUGUUCUUGGGCUUCACACACACUCUGGGGAGACUCUCUGAAGGAGUAUGUUUGUGUAGACAGCUCUGGAGACAUGAACACUUUGGCAGAACAGCUUCUCAGCGGGGGCAGUGAGGUGGAUAAUCCAGUGAUCAAACAAGUAUAUUUCCGCCAGUUCCUCCCUGUUUCUCCUACGGUGCAGUUUGAUCUUGUGAUAGCGGCUUUCUCUUUGUCAGAACUGGCCACUUUGGAUGAGCGUUUGAACGUUAUUUUCACACUUUGGAGGAAAACCAACUCAUACCUUGUAUUGGUGGAGAAUGGAACCAAGGAUGGCCAUCAAAUCCUUAUGGAGGCCAGAGACACUAUACUAAAGAGAGAAGAGGAGGUAAAACAUGACUUGAGGAGACCAUCUAUUUUUGCCCCCUGCACUCAUGAGCUGCCUUGUCCCAAGCUGAUCAAGCAUCAUGUAGUACCUUGUAACUUCACCCAGUUCUACUACUCUCUGUCUUUAUCUAGGAGCCAAGAAAGGCAGCAGGAGAAGUUCAGUUACCUGAUUAUAUCCAGAUCUGCUGAGGAGAAGGUGCAGAAAUCUGAGCACUGGGACAUGACCAGACUGAUCGCAAAAGUCCAUCGCCGACCCAGACAUGUGCAGUGUCAGCUGUGUUGUGCCAAUGGAGAACUCAAACAGCUUGCUGUAACGGCCCAUCGGCAUGGAAAGGACAUGUACAGAUGUGCUCGUAGUAGUGACUGGGGGGAUCUGCUGCCUAUGUUUCAUGCAGAAGAUGACACUAAAAAUGAUGAGAUGCAGUGAAACCUACUACAAUAAUCUGUUAAUAAAGUGUUUGUGGAUAACAGUUGAAUUUUUUUGUAAUAUGUAUUCCCAAAUACAGCAGUUCAUCUAUGCAA